UCAGUUGCAGGCUGUUGAUUCCAGCCAUGUGGAUUCAAAGGAGGAAGGCGAACUUAUUCUUAAAAGGUUUUGGGGAAAAUGUUUUAGGACGCGUGGAUGGUUUUUGUCCUUAGAGCCAACAAUAGACUGGAAAGCUUCCGUGGCUGGGCCGCUUUGCUUUGAGUCGCCAGCAGCCUGCUUAGUGCUCUCAUCUCAUCUUCAUCACUUCUUCCAGACACUUCUGAAAGAAUGGGGGCAGGCGCAUUAGCCAUCUGUCAAAGUAAAUCUGCCGUCAGGCUUAAAGAAGACAUGAAGAAGAUUGCAGCGGCACCACUGAACAGGCCGAGGGGGACCUCAGGCCACAAGGUGUUUGGCGUGGGCCUGCAGGAACUUCAGCAGCAAGGACUGAGCAAGAAUGGAAUCCCAGCCAUUGUUUGUGAUGUUGUCGAAUAUCUGACUUGGCAUGGGCUGAAACAGGAAGGUCUUUUCAGGGUGAAUGGCAACCUGAAGAUAGUGGAGCAGCUGCGUGUGAAGUACGAGAGCGGGGAGGAAGUCGAGCUGGCUACAGAGGGCGACAUCAGCUCAGCAGCCAGUUUGUUGAAAUUAUUUCUGAGGGAGCUGCCCGAUCGGGUGAUCACUUCUGCAGCGCAUCCCAAAUUCAUACGACUUUAUCAAGACAUCCAGAAUUAUGGCCUGAAUGUCAACAUUUUGAGAGAACUCCUGAGGCAGCUGCCAGAGGCCCACUAUUGCCUGCUUAAGUACCUUUGCCGGUUCCUCAGGACAGUUGCCGAGCAUCACUCUGAGAACAAGAUGAACAUUUCCAACCUUGCCACAGUAUUUGGACCUAACUGUUUUCGAGUGUCUUCUGGAUUUGAAGGUAUGAAGGAACAGGAAAUCUGCAACAAAAUCAUGGCCCAGAUGCUAGAAAACUACAGUGCCUUGUUUGAACAGGAGCAUCCAAAAAAAGAAAAUGCAAAGCACCCAUGUGAGGAGCUAACAAAAAUUAUAGUGGUGAAAGAGGCUUGCUGCAAACAGACACCCUCAAUCAUUCUGACAAGUGAAAGGGAACUGCCAAAGUUGAGUCCAAGGAACAAGCUUUUCACUACUGCAUGGGCGAAACGUAACAGCACAGAGGAAAACCAGCUGGGGGAGAAGCUACUUUUAGCUGCGAAACCCUCAAAGGUUGCAAAGUCAAAACAAGAAGGAUCUUCACUGGCAUGCAUAGUGCCGCAGCCAAGACUGUCAGAUGGAAUUCCCCAGGUUAGAAUCCAUUUAACAGACAGUUUGCAUUUGGAAGAGAUGGAUUUAGCUGAUGAAAUCUCCUUUAUGAGCAGCUCUACAUUCUUCACCAGCUCCCAAGAGGAUGAAAGGCCUAUGUCGCCCUUCUAUCUAAGUGCUCACGUGUCGCAAGUCAACAACAACAGUAUCCCUGCUACUGGAGAAUACUUAGAAAAGACCAUCCGGUCAGCUGUUGAGCAACAUCUUUUUGACGUUCAUGGAUCUGGUGGUCAAAGUUCUGAAGAAUCUGAAUCGGGAACAUCGUCAACGUCCUCCAACGUGUCUGCCCGGCAACGGAGGCGGCAUCAUAAAGAACAGGAUGAAGCCCGAAGAAACAGAGAUAUGGAGGUCAUCAAUAAAGAGAAUAUUCCUUCUGGCUUCGGCAGCAUUGAGGAGUGUAUGCUGACUGCACAUGAAGUAGAAAAAUUGCAAGAGACCAGCUCUGGAUAUAUCGGAGAAAGGAGUAAACCAAAGCGACAGAAAUCCAGCACCAAACUUUCUGAGCUUAAUGACAACCAGGACAGUCCUCUGACAAUGGAAACUUUUGGUUCUUUGAGACCAGUGGACAAAACAGGAACAGAUGACAUGGAAGUCUUACCUGACGACAGCAAAGACAGUGAAGGUGAUGGCGACUUGUUAAGGCACUCUCAGAAUUCAAGCAUGAAGAUCCAGGAGCAUCCCAGCAUUCCUGAAGCCAAAUCACAGAGGACCCAAGAUGCCGACGGCCAAGAGGAGAGCUUUGUAUCAGAAGUGCCUCGGCUGGACCUGACAACCUUGUGCAGUGACAGCAACUGGGAAGAGCCUAUCUCUGCCUUUUCCUCUUGGCAACGUGAUGGCUUAGAUUCCGAUGAAGCUCGCCUCUCCCCUCAGGCUGGCCGCCUCAUUCGCCAGCUGUUGGACGAAGAUAGCGACCCAAUGCUGUCACCUCGUUUCUAUGCCUACGGGCAAAGUCAGCAGUACCUGGAUGAUACAGAAGUGCCUCCUUCUCCUCCCAACUCACAUUCAUUCAUGAGGAGAAGAAGUUCUUCUUUGGGGUCUUACGAAGAUGACCGGGAAGAUUUGACACCAGCACAGCUGACCCGCAGGAUUCAAGGACUGAAGAAGAAGAUCAGGAGGUUUGAAGAAAAAUUUGAAGAGGAGAGGAAAUACCGACCAUCACACAGUGACAAAGCAGCCAACCUGGAAGUGCUGAAGUGGACAAAUGACCUUGCAAAGUUUCGGAAGCAGCUGAAAGAGUCAAAACUGAAGAUGUCAGAGGAAGAUCUGGCUCCCGUGGUGCGCCAACGUAGCAAUACGCUCCCCAAAAGUUUUGGCUCUCAGCUGGAAAAGGAGGAAGAAAAGAAGCAAGAUGUGUCGGAUAAACUGACCAAGCCGGCAGUGGAGACAACUCUAGACUCCAUCCAGAAAAAGCUCCAGGAGAAAAGGACUGAGGCAAACCGCCCUGAAGACAUUAAGGAUAUGACUAGAGAUCAGAUAGCAGCAGAGAAAGUGGCUCUUCAGAAAGCUCUCUUGUAUUACGAAAGCAUCCAUGGAAGACCAGUAACAAAACAUGAACGGCAGAUGAUGAAGCCCUUAUACGACAGAUAUCGUUUGGUCAAGCAGAUCCUCUCGAGAGCCAACACCAUCCCAAUUAUUGGUUCCCCCUCCAGCAAGCGGAGAAGCCCUUUGCUGCAGCCAAUUAUCGAGGGUGAAACUGCUUCCUUCUUCAAGGAGAUAAAGGAGGAAGAAGAUGGUUCUGAGGAGGAGAGCAACAUGAAACCAGAUUUCACAGUCACCAUAAAAUCAGACUACAAUGUGAGGAGCUUUUUAGACCAGCUAGAAGAUGAUGCUGAUGGCUUUGUUUCUCCGGUGGAUGAUAGGAUUCCGUCAAGAAACACCCAAGAUAUGGGACUAUCAAAUCUUCAUGCUGCCUCUAUGCCAGAACUUGUAGAACAGCUUCAAGAAGUCAGGGAAGAGAAGAAGAGGAUCAGAAAAAAACUGAGAGAUUUUGAGGAUGAUUUUUUCCGGCAAAAUGGAAGAAAUGUCCAGAAAGAAGACCGUGCUCCUAUGGCCGAAGAGUAUAACGAAUACAAACAGGUUAAGGCCAAACUGCGGUUGCUGGAAGUUCUAAUCAGCAAAAGAGACAUUGGUUCCAAGAUCAUGUAAUGAAGGCAACAUUUAACCUUGCUGAUAGAGUUAAGAAAUUGACCGAACCAAAGGAAUGAUUGCUUGAAGAACUCAGCAAGAGCCUUAUACUGUGAGGGACACCUUGGCAGCUCUCCCUGGGCUGUGGCUGACAAAAAGAAGGGUCUUGGCAUCUUUCUUCAGACUUGUGGCCUGCUCUGCCUCCAAGCUGGUCACCCAAGCCAGCAGGAGAUGGGGGAGCGGAUCAUGAUAUACUCAAAAGACUCUUAUUCUCAGGAAGGCCCUUCUGCUUUGAUCAGCCUGCAACUUGUGAAACACUUAGACUUAAGGAGAGUCUGAUUUAUACCUUCUCUGAAGCAUCAGCACAAGAGAGGCAAACUAGUUUGAGUUAUCAUGAAUCGCCAAAUAAUUGUCUGUAAUUGUCAGACCAAUAAAGCACCCAGGUCUGUUCUAACGGGGAGGGGCUCGGAUCCUGAGAUGAUUCUGUGGCUUUAAAAAGAGAGGCAGCGGCACCUCCGCAGGAUCUCGCACUGGACUGCAAGUUUGGUUUGUUGGUCUCGGGCCCUUUUGUAAGUUUGCCCCAGUUGAAUGUUGAAUUGCCACUCAGUGGGAAGCACUGUUUGCGGCCUUGGCCUGUUUGAAGCGAGCGAAGAGGUCCGUUUCUCAUUUUCAGUUUCUUCUGGAAAGGAUAUUUCACACUUGCCACUUCUGUUCGAACAGACAGAAAGAAGAAAAGCUGAGAAAAAUGGACCUUGGUGAAAUCUGGUCUAGUUAGUUAGCGGGAGUCCUCAAAGUAGAGGAAAUGUUGCGCGGGAGGGAUCUUAGUAGCAGAAGCAAUUUGAUUGGAGCUGUGGAUUUCAAACUGUCCUGAAAAUCCUUAGAACCUUUAUAGGGGUUCCUCAAUAUGAACAUCGGUAAUAGCAGGCAGCCUUCCCUGAAAGAAAUGUAUCCCACGUUAUCUGUUUUCUCCUGCAGUAGUAGUGGUGUACUCUAUAAUGCACCCUUGCUUCACGUGGAGUGAUGGUGAGACCUGCCAAGCUGGUUUCCCUGCACCACUUUUGCAGAAUCCUCUGCAGCACUCAGCGGUUCGUGAUAAUUAUACAGAGGCUCCUCAGCAGACAAAUGUGAUGUGCAGCGGGUUCCCCAGAGUUAGAAAGUGUGGAAACCUCUAGGCAGUCUUUCCUUGUUUCUUUUAAAGACAGUAUCAGCUUGCACCAUGUCCUAACAACUCUUUGUUUUCCCCAGAAAUCUUGUUGGGAUCCUACGAUGAUGAGGUUGCACCUUUUUUUUCUGUUGAUGUUUUGCUGCAACUGCUUAUGUGGCUAUGUUGUUGCUGUACUUUCAAAUAGCUUGUGUAAAAUUAUAGGUACAAUGAUGCACUUUAGAGAGAGAAAGAGAAGAGUUUUUAUUUUUUUUAAAAAAAACAAAACUGAAAAUAAAUAGUAAGAAAGCGUAACCAAAACAGUACUUUAAAAAAAGAAAGAAAAAAUUCUUUUGUCUAUCUGAUUUUUUUAUGCUGUUCUUUUAGUAAGGAAAAAUAUGUCUAAAACUAGCUUUAAGAUUUGUCUAGAGAAGCAAGCAGCUAACAGGAAUCAGCAGAAACUUUUCCAAGCACCAGACCUGGAGAGUUCUUUAAUAUGCAUUUGAUAUAAUGUAUAUGUCCAUUUGCUAUAUUGUACAAUGUCUGAUCAAAGUUCAUAGAACUGCUUCCUCCACUAUCUGUGAAAACUUGCUAACAAAAAUACUAAAGUCUCAUUAAAUAAAUGCCCCUCUAAACUGAAUAAUAAUUACUAAGAUUUUCUUAUCUAAACGGAUGCAGAAAUAAAUACGGAUCUGAUUCAAAAGAACUGAGCAACUAAUUCUGUGAGCCUAAAGGGGGUGGGCGUAGGCUGUUUUUCUAUCUCAAAGAGCUGCCCUUUUAUGCUGUAUGGAAACCUGCUUUUGAAAUUGAGGGGCAUCCUAAAAGCAGCUGGUAAUACAGCUUGCAGGGCGAGACAGAGACUCAGAAUUACCCAAAAGAUCCAGUAGGUCAAUGCAAACUGCUUUCACGAGCCAUAAGCAUCUUUUUGGAUCUUGGAUGUUGCUUUUAACAUAAUUUUUCUUAUUAAAAUAGCUGUUUGCGGGAUUUUUUUUUUUUUUUAGUAAGUGUGAUGUAUCUACUUUCAACGUCUGAGUUAAGGUCUUUGUGUGGAGAGAAAAAUGUGUCCUGUGGCGCUCAGAGAGUGAUGCAGUAUGAAUGACAGUAAUGCAAUGUGUGGCUCUUACUUUCCCUUCCCAGCGCAUGUUUAUAUAUUUCAAAAUGCUAAUAUAAAUAAAUGAGGUUGAGACAUUUAUUUUAAAGCAAAUUAAGAAUGAUAAUCAACGAACCACUAAACAAAUAUAAAUGAUUCCUGGAUUUUUUUUAAAAAAAGGAGGAGGAAAACUUAUUUGUUCAUGGGUUUAUCCUUGAGUGAACAAUCAAAUAAGUUAAUUUUUUUAUAUUAAAGUAAACAUGAAGCAAAGAACCUACCUUCUCCUAAUCAUUGUAAUAGGCUUCCAGGUUUGGGUGUUUAUAUGUGUGUGUGCAUAUAUUCAUAGCCUGAAUUGCUUUUUCCGUCACUAAAAUGAAUGCACUGGACUCAAAGGAGACAAAAAAGUAUGGGUUAGCAGCUUCUUGUCCAGGCUUCCUGAUAGGUUGAAUGGCACAAGGUGGCAACUCAGCCACAGCACAGAUGCCACCUUGUUAUCCAGAGGCAUACUGAUGUGAGGUCAGCUAGUUGUUUGAGAGCAAGAACCUCCUGCAGAUUCCUGAAGCAUUCACCCUCCCUCCCUCAGUCUCCUUGCCAUUGGGAGUAGAGACCAUCCGAAUGGGUGACACCAUGCUUAUUAAAGAUGGGAUUUUUCCUAACAUUGGAAGAUGAAACUCUUUUGAACAGGUUUCUAGGAUUGGAGGAUUGCUGGUGAGAUUUUAUUUGGUCGAUCACUUCUCCCUACGGUGAGAGGAGCAGGUGGAAGUGGUCUUUCCAUGGGAUCCUACUCUUUCCUUGGGGCCAGUCACAGAGGUGGUAGCAGUGGAAAUAGUAUUUCAGCAGGCUGAUGGGGCUUUACUAUCCCUAGUACAGGAAGGCAUGGAUCCCUUUCUUUGCAGCUUUAGUAACAUGCUAGUCAGGUGUUCAACUACUUCUGACCCAGCAAUUUGUCCUGUGGGUGGGAUUUGCCAGAGAAAUUUGCAGCAUGCCAAAUUGCCCUCUUGCCUUCUGCACUGCUGGUAUUCCUGAUGCAUAGAAAGAGCCUGUGUCUGUGGGUGCAGUGGAUGUAAAGGUGACACCGCAGACUAUGGGACUGUGAUCCAUGAACGUCUGUUAGCGAUGGACUCGAGUAACAAUUAUGUAAGCAGAGAUUUGUUUCAGAUGCCAUUUUGAUCUUUCUGUUAGCAUUAAUUUUAAGAUGUCCCAACUAGCUACUUCUCACUCAGCUUUUAAUUGCUUCUAUAGUUAGCCACAUAUUGUUUUGCUCUGAGAGCCAAUUGAAGCAGGCAGGCAGGCAUGUUGUUACAGUCCUCCACGCAACUGCACCACUUCACAACAAAUGAACCCAAGGGAUCACUUGUUUCAAUGAAUAUGCACACAGGGCUUCCUCUCCCUGCCUUCUUUCAAAGAAUUCCCUAUAUCAAUGCAGAGGUACCGUCUCCAAAUUACAGUUUCUAGGUUUAUUGAAAGAACUGUUAAAGUGGUAGAAAGCUGCUUCAACGUUGUAGUGUAAGAGCCCUCCCUCUAUUCUCUACACCGGGGGUACGCAGAAGGUAGAUUGCGAUCUAUUGGUAGACCUGUGGGUCACUUGCAGUAGAUGGGCAGGGCUUCCGACUCCCCAAUUCUUUAACAAUAGUAAUGAUGAAAUGAUUUUUCCCCACCACCACUUGAUUAGGCUGCUGAAAUUUAAGAAAGGACUGUGAGCUUAGUUCAGUAAUGAUACUGAAAACAGAUUCCUACUCUUACAGUGUGCUCAGAGGCACCCUGUUCUUUCAUUCUAACUAUGUUUUUUGCACCUGGCUCUAGCUGGUCGAUCUUGGGGUUCUAGUACAAAAUAAAGUAAAUCUGACAAGCGUGAAGUCUGCCCACACCCUGCUGUUCAUGGCCUUGUAAGAGAUUACAAUUAAACUUCCUUGGAGUUAUAAUUUCUUGCUCCUUUCCAUAUGGCAGUUAAUCAAAAUGAUUCUGCCACAUGAAGUAUUGUUCAAAACACGAUUCUGCCACUUUUGUUUAGAGAACUAAUGAUAUAUGGGAAUGAGUGCACCACAAACAGAAUUCUGCUCCUCUCCCCUCCCUGGUUUAUCUUUUUCUCCUAUGACAUUAACAAAGGCAAGGCCCAGGAUACUUUUGAGAGCACUUCAUUCCAUUGGUCCUUAGAAAUGACGUGCUUUAUCCUUUGUAAAACUCCUCUCCAGGUCAUUUGCUAACAGUUAUCCUACAGGUAUUAUAGGCUGUCUGAAAUAUCCCUGAUUGCAAAUCUCCCAUAUUAGUGUCUUCUGCAAACUUCUUUGAAUCUCCAGUGUAAAGGAAGAUGUGGAAUUGCACUCCACUUCUGUAACAACUCUGCUGGGUGUUCAAAGCUUGCUUGAAAGCAUAUAUUCAAAGAGAUCUCUGUGCCUGUUCAGCCCUCUCUAUGGACAUUUGCAUGCACUGGCAAUCCAUGUUCUUAUUUUGUGUUUAUAUAUAGUGUAGCAUCUAUGAUUAUCUGUGUCAGGCACAAUCCCAGGGAAGUCUGCUUGAGCCCGGUUGAAAUGGCAGGGCACACACAGGAGACAUUCUCUUGGAAUUGUGCCUUUUUUUGAGUUUUGUGUACAUACAGCUUGAUCACGGUCAGAAAGCUGAAGCCAAUAACUGCCAAUCAUAUCAUGCAGCUGUAGGAAAUGCCUUUGACAGAUUUCUUUCUUGGUUCAAAAGCAACCACAAUACUUCCUCCUAACUAUGAUCUGCUUUAUGCUCCUGACGAAAUCUUGCAGGCUCAGUUCUAUGUUUACAAUCACUACUUAAAGUCAGCAAAAUUUAAAUCGAAACACUGCAUCUUUUUAAAAAUGUAAACUGAUUGACAAAUAUAUGUGUACAUUUUCGUACAUUAUUGUAUUUUGUAUGAAACAGAGAAAAUAAAACCUAUUUUUGA